AUGUAUACAGUCAACACUGUCAAAACUGAUGUACGUGGAAGACAGAUUGGGAUGUUAACAGAGUGCUCCAAGGUCCAAGAACUAAUACAGAAGAUUUUUAAAAAGCAUCACGAUGAGUGUAAUGUUGGAGCUCUAGAAAAGAGAGAUUCAUCAAGGUAUCGCGAGUGGUUAGAAAAGGAAUUGGAAGGAGGGAAUAUCAAAAAUUAUGAUUAUUCUAAAUUCAGUGAUUUCAUUGAACUUGGUAGAGGUAGCCACAGCGUUGUUUAUUCUGCUGAAUACUGUGGAGAAAAGAUUGCAUGUAAAAAAUUUACAAGGCCUGAAGAUAAAAUAUUAGUAAAUGAGAUAAAACAACAUAUUACAAUUGAUAAUAAUGAAAAUAUUAUUGAAGUCUUAGGAAUUACAGAAUGUUCAGAAAUUCCAAGAAAAAACUACAUGCUGGUAUUACAGUUCGCAAAUAGUGGAAAUUUGGCGGAUCAUUUACGAAGCAAAGCGAGUGAUGGUAUUUUUGAAAUCUCAUGGACAGAACUUAUUCAAAUCGCAGAACAAAUUAUUUCCGGGAUACAACAUUUGCAUGCUAAUAAAAUUGUCCACAGAAAUCUGCAUCCUAAAAAUAUCCUAAUAAAUGACAAUAAAGUCUUAAUUUCUGGUUUUGGAUCAGCAUGGAAAUUUAAUGAUAUUGCAAACAAGCUUGCUUUAGCGAACCAUAUUUCAAAGGGCAAACGAGAAAAAAUUGUUCCUGGCACUCCUUCAAUUUAUGCAAAACUUUAUAAGAAAUGCUGGAGUACUAAUCCGAAAAAACGUCCGGAACUAAAAGAAAUUUCGCGUAAAAUUGAACAAUCUAGAGAAGCAGCUAAAAUAAUUAAGAAUCAUAUAAGAUUAUCGCAUCGCAUGAAGUCUGAAUGA